AUGGCCUCCAUUCUUCUGCGAUUCGAGAGUCGGAACGGCCAAUUUCGACUCACAGUCAGCCCGCAGGAACUCUUCCCAUCACUACAAAAAAAGAUUCUAGAACACCUCCCGUUAGAUGUCGAACCUUCGUCCAUCACCCUCUCAAAUAAACCGAUCGGCACAGGUGGCGAGGAGAGACUACUAGAAGGUCUCCAAGGGGUUUCGCUUCAAAAAGUUGGCCUCAAGCAUGGCGAUAAGCUCUUUAUUGGAUAUCGGGAACAGGCGCAACAGAAUGGACUCUCGAACGGCAACAUACCUACUACUUCAGAACACCGACUCAAUGGAGCGUCAAUCCCGAAACAACAGACAGUCCCGAUUCGUGCACUGCCAAGUGCCCCCGCACCAAUGAAGAACCCGUGGGACCUGGUGCAGCAGUCACCGCUGGACAAUUUGCUUGACAAGAAAGACGGAAAAAUCAAGCGUGGUAUGGACUACAAGAUGUGCAGACAUGGUCCCCGAGGAAUGUGUGAUUACUGCAUGCCACUCGAGCCUUACGAUGCGAACAACAUGAAAGAGAAGAAGAUUAAACAUCUUUCUUUCCACUCAUACCUACGGAAAAUCAAUGCCGCGACCAACAAGCCCGAAAUGGGAACCUCGUUCAUGCCUCCGCUUAACGAACCAUAUUACCGAGUGCGAAGUGACUGCCCAUCGGGGCAUGCGCCUUGGCCAGAGGGCAUUUGCACCAAAUGUCAACCAAGCGCAAUCAGUCUGCAACCCCAGGAAUUCCGCAUGGUAGACCAUGUGGAGUUCUCGUCCCCCGAUCUAAUCAAUUCCCUCCUUGACUUCUGGCGAAAGUCAGGUGCUCAGCGACUGGGAUUCUUGUAUGGAACAUAUGAGGAAUACACCGAAGUACCACUAGGUGUAAAGGCUGUCGUGGAGGCAAUCUACGAACCCCCGCAAACGGGUGAAGUCGAUGGUGUAACCCUUCAUGACUGGCACAACGAAAAGGAAGUGGACGAAGUAGCCCGUCUCUGUGGAUUGCAGAAGGUUGGUGUCAUCUUUACUGACUUGAUUGAUGGCGGCCGCGGGGAUGGCUCGGUGGUUUGCAAGCGGCACAUCGACUCGUACUUCUUGUCUUCACUCGAAAUUGCCUUCGCUGCACGACUCCAGGCACAAAACCCCAAGUCAACGAAAUGGAGCCGGACAGGACAGUUCGGCUCAGAUUUCGUAACGUGUGUGCUUAGCGGAGACGAGAAAGGUGCGAUCUCUAUCAGCUCGUACCAAGCAUCUGUGUCCGCAGUUGAGAUGGUUCGAGGAGAAAUCAUCGAACCCUCGGCGGACCCGAGCGUGAUGUUGGUGCAAUCAGAGUAUGACGAAGAUGCCGGAAGCAGGACACGAUACAUCCCCGAAGUCUUCUAUCGCCGAAUUAAUGAAUACGGUGCAAGUGUACAGGAGAGCGCCGAACCGAGUUUCCCAGUCGAUUUCCUACUAGUCACCCUCACCCACGGAUUCCCAACCGAGUCAUCCCCGUUAUUCACCGACAGUCGAUUCCCCAUUGAGAACCGUGAAGUCGUCGGCGAGAGCCAAGAGCUUCGACACGUUGCGCAGAAACUUAUGUCCCAUGGUGAUCCCGAUAAAGCUAUCCAAGGAGUUUCUGAUUUCCACAUCCUGUGCUUCUUGCAUGGAGUCGGCACAUUUAGCAAGGAUGAGGAAUCCCUUCUCUGCCGCGUCGCCAGAACGAAGUCCCCCGUCGAGGGCAUGCAGCUUGUGAAUACCCCAGGAUGGGCCACAUUGAUGACAAUUCUUCAAGAGAGUGGUGAGCGCCCCCCCAAGCGCCCCUGGCCCACACCGGCCGAGCCUUCUCGCCCGGAUUCCCAAGCCCGAAAACGUCGCAACCCCUCACCCUCCACCCUACCCCGGUCCAUAUCUCCAAGUCCUGAGAGUGACCAGCUUGCUAAGAGGUUUAAGGGAGCUAGUUUAGAGUGA